CCUAGACACGCCUCGGUCGACCGAGAUGUGGGCUCGAUCGAUCGCGUGGUGGGUGGUGUUAAUAUAUUUUCCCCGUCUGCCCCUCCGCUCUUGUGGGAUUGUUUGCUGCGCAGGCACAUUCGGUCCUUUACUUACGGUCUUUUCUUCCACCAUUCAUUCGUUAGGCUGGGCUGAGUUGAGUUGAGUUGUUUUGAGGAGACUUGCUUGCUUCUACCGGUGGACCCUCACUUCCUUCUAACUAUUCGUUCGUUCAUUCAUUCUCUAAGCCAACCCACUACUCGUUCAUCUGUCCGCAUUUCGAAGCUUGCUUGAUUCCCAUCCAUCCAGCUCACCUUUCCACCCACCCGCUCCUACUCCACCAUUCUCCCAUCCAACACAUUUCCCAGCCAAAAAAAACAGCCAGUCAAAACCAACACCCACCAUGCGCGUCCGCAGCAACACACUCUACCUCACCGUCCUCACCCUCUCCUCUACAUCCGCCGUCCUCGCCGCCGUCCAGCCCUGGGGCCAAUGCGGCGGCACAAACUACCAGGGCGACACCACCUGCACCGAGGGCCACCAGUGCGUGGAGCAGAACGCCUACUACUCCCAAUGCCUGCAAUCAACCUCCUCGGCUGAACCUAAUCCCGCGCCUAGCAGUGCAGCGCCGGUGGGCACGGCGACGACCCUGGUUACGAGGAUCGCCGCGCCCAGCGCGACGAACAGUGCGAGUGCGGCGGCGAGCAGCGGGACGCAUGGGGAGAGCUGCGCGCUGAACGCGGCGUUCGUGGCAAAGGGGAAGAAGUACAUCGGGACGGCGGCGGAUCAGGGGACGCUGAGCGAUGCUACAAAUGCGCAGAUCGUCGUUGGUGACUUUGGCCAGGUGACGCCUGAGAACUCUAUGAAAUGGGACGCCACAGAGCCCACGCAAGGCCAGUUCUCCUUCUCGGGCGCCGACUACCUCGUCGACUGGGCGACGACGAAUGGCAAGCUGAUCCGCGGGCAUACCACGGUGUGGCACUCGCAGCUGCCGACCUGGGUGUCGUCCAUCACGGAUAAAACUACGCUGGAAGGCGUCAUGACGAACCAUAUCCAGACGGUUAUCGGGCGGUACAAGGGGAAGAUAUAUGCUUGGGACGUCGUAAAUGAGAUCCUCAACGAAGACGGAAGCUUCCGCUCUAGUGUCUUCUACAACGUCCUCGGCGACUCCUUCGUAGAGACCGCGUUCAACGCCGCCAAGGAGGCGGAUGCCGAUGCGAAGCUGUACAUCAACGACUACAACCUCGACAGCGCGACCUACGCAAAGACGACCUCCAUGGUAUCCAAGGUCAAAGCCUGGGUCGCCGCCGGCGUCCCCAUCGACGGCGUCGGCUCGCAGUCGCAUCUCUCCGGCAGCUGGCCCAUUUCCGACUACCCCGCCGCGCUCAAAGCGAUCUGUGGCGCUGCGAGCGAGUGCGCGAUCACGGAGUUGGAUAUCAAGGGCGCUGCUGCGUCUGACUACGAGACGGCUGUGCAGGCUUGCCUUGACGUGGAGAAUUGUGUGGGGAUUACGGUGUGGGGCGUGAGCGAUAAGAAUUCCUGGAGAGCAAGUUCGACGCCGUUGCUGUUCGACUCGUCGUUCCAGGCUAAGGACGCGUAUAAUGGGAUCUGCGGUAUCCUAUGAAAAGGGGACGGGGAGUGGCGGUGGCUUGAGGGAGAAUUUCUUUGUAUAUAUUAGCUUGAUAUUGUGAAUACUCGUUAUCG